GGGCUGGGCCGGGCGGCGGCGGCGCCGGGCGAGCGGGCGGGGGAAGGAAGGAAGGAAGAAGGGAAGGACGGACGGAGCGAGCGACGCGGCGCCAGGUCGGAGGAGCUGCGGCCGCGCCCGUGCGUGUCGGCGGGCGGCCAGGAUGGAUCACCACCAGCCCGUCAGCCGCUACCAAGUGCUUCACAAUGAGGAUGACCCCUCAGAGUCUUCAGCAGCUGAGCAGCCUUCGACAUCUGCAGAGACUGCGCAGCCUCCGCAGACAGCAGCCUUACCUGAAGCAGAUACUUCCCCUCCUCCUUACUGUAGCAUAGCUGUGGAAGCAGCUGCAACCUCAGACACACAGAGUGAGUUUUAUCCUGUACCACCUCCAUACAGUGUAGCUACCUCUCUUCCUACGUACGAUGAAGCAGAGAAGGCCAAAGCUGCAGCCAUGGCAGCUGCCGCAGCUGAAGUUGCCCAGCGACACGCCCAGUUUAGGGAAUCUAGGAGUCUGUUUGAUGAAAUAUUCCUCAGUCGUCCAGAGGAAGAAGAGUAUCCACCACGGGAUGAUUUCAGUGAUGCAGAUCAGCUUAGAGUGGGCAAUGAUGGCAUCUUCAUGUUGGCAUUUUUCAUGGCGUUUAUUUUCAACUGGAUUGGAUUUUGUUUAUCCUUCUGUAUAACAAAUACCAUAGCUGGAAGGUAUGGUGCAAUCUGUGGAUUUGGUCUCUCCCUGAUCAAAUGGAUUCUCAUUGUACGGUUUUCAGAUUAUUUUACUGGAUAUUUCAAUGGACAGUACUGGCUUUGGUGGAUAUUUCUCGUACUUGGACUCCUUCUAUUCUUUCGAGGCUUUGUUAAUUACCUUAAAGUCAGAAAUAUGUCUGAAAGCAUGGCAGCUGCUCACAGAACAAGAUUUUUUUUCUUGUACUGAAGACUGCAUCGAACAGACAUUCCUUUCUUAUGCUGGUGUGAAACUUCCAGAUGAUCUGUAACCCUCCAAGUUAAUAAGAUAGAAGGCUACUAAAACCAGAAGACAAAUUAAUGAAAAUAUGGCUUCAGAAAUGAAUGACAGGAUGGUUUAUGAUCAAUUACCAGUUCUGGUCAUUCUAGUAAAUAUUUAUAAUUGCUGCCUUUUGUUUUAGCACAUUUGUAUAUGUGCUUGUUAAAAAGAUAAUAUUGAAGUAAAAACAAACUAUCUGUAAGUAUAGAUUGGGUACAGUCAGACUCAGUUAAUCUGUGCUUGUUGUAUCUAAAAGAUUUGAGUGGUAACUUGUUUCACAGCUUGUAUGUACCACUGACUUGGUGAUCUGAACUUCUGAGUACAAUGAAAUGCAUUAAAUGGUUCAGAUUAACCAGUUCAGAUAGGUUUUUUAAUAUAAUUUAGAUUCAUCUAAUGAUUGUAUAGAACAUUUUUAAGUUUACUGAACCCCAGAGUUCUUUGUCAAACUUAUAUUUGCCAAUAUUUUAUUGAAUUCAAACCAAUAUACUGGUUUGGGCUAAAACUGAUACACUUUGAGUCCCCUGUAAAUAACUGCAUAAAUGACUGUUUUAAUUGCUUCUUAGGAAAUAUGUCAAACUAUAUUUUGUAACAAUAUAUUCUCUAAAUUUUGUUUAAUCUUAGAGCUAUAUACAUUUUUUUUGUUAAUUGGCUAUUAAAGGUUUAGUUAGUAGUAGAUGUAAUUUUGGAGGUCUGCAUUCUUGAGGUCACUAUAAAUACAACAUCCACAUUGAGUGCUUCUCAAAAAAAAUCAUACAAAUACUUUAUAAUGCUUGUUUAGAACAAAUACAUUGUCUAAUUUCAUAAGAACAAACUAGUUUAAAUGCAAGGUAAUUUGGGAAAUAGUCUAUGAAGGAAAAAUACCUUUUAAACCUCUGAAAGUAGAAAAUGUGUUUUACCUCUCUCUUUAUUCAUUUAAGGUAUACUAUUACAUUCUUAUAAAUAUCAUCUCUUUACGGGGUACUGUCUACAGUUCAUGCAUGUGUCGUUUCUUUUAAAUUUUGUGAAAUUUAUGCUUCUUCUUUAAAUAGGAGAAGACAUCUCUCAGACCUUUGUACAACUGGAAUCUCAGUUGCAAAAAUACAUUGGCUGUUGGUUGCACCUUUGAGGAAAAAAGUACAAAUAGUUUCCUCCAUUUUUAUUUUAAUUAGAAUUCUGCUUUUUUAUUACUAACAUUAAAACCAGUGAGGUUUAUGUUGUGUUAAGCUAGUGCUGUAUUGAGUUUUGUAUCUAUAAUGAAUGUUUAAAAUAUACAUAUGUAAACAUUUUCAUUUUCCUAAUCUUUCAGAGAUAUCUGAUAGUGACUAAAACUUUAGGGGUACCUCUACUUCUCAGCUUUUGAUGGAAAGAAGAAAGUUAAGUAUUAUGUUCAAUAUCCUAUUGGGAUUUCCUUCUAAACUUCUAUUUGUUUCUGUGUUCUUUUGCAUUCAUUGUCCAGAUGAAAAAGAAGCAAAUAAUAAAGCAUUGCUUUGUUUUGCUAAUUAAGACUUAA